AUGAUGACGAUGAGGACGCUGCAUGAGACACGUUUUGGCCGCUGUCGUUUCUUUUUUUUUUUUGUUAUGUUUAGUUUUUUAUUCCUCUUUUUUCUCUCUUUUUGUUUUCUUUCUCUCUUUCCCCACUUUCUCCCUCUCUGUUUGUUCCUGUGUGUAUGUUUGCACUGUAGGCGUCUGAUGUUUAUUUGGUUUGAUUUGAUUUUUUUUCCCCGCCCAUCCACCCCUUUUUUUUUUUUUUUUUUUGGCAGGGAUGACACCAUCCGUGUCGUCUUGUCACGACCAGCGAUGUGCUCGCAGCUGCUGUUGCCUCCUCCCUCUUAA